AUGAAUGGCUUUUCCGACCAUGGGCUCGACGAGGGAGCUUUCGGAGAGUCAAAGGCCACUUCGGUCGUAAAGGCCUUUGACGCCUUUCCCAAAACCAAACCUUCGUACCAGACCAAAACGCAGAAUGGAGGAGUGUGGACGCUCUUCCUCGCCUUUGCCUCGUUCCUGCUGGCAGUGACCGAGGUGCGCCGCUGGUACGUUGGCGAGACACACCACACCUUUAGCGUCGAAAAGGGUAUCUCGCAUAACCUGCAACUCAACCUCGAUGUCGUCGUUGCCAUGAAGUGCAGCGACCUGCACAUCAACGUCCAAGAUGCCUCUGGCGAUCGCAUUAUGGCCAGCCAAACCCUCACCCGCGACGGAACCCUCUGGUCCCAAUGGGAGAACACAAAAGGCGCACACCACCUCGGUGGCAGCGCUGCCGAAAGAGGAGGGUCCGACUACCAAGAGGAGGAUGUCCACGAUUACCUCGGCGCCGCCCGCAAGAAGAGAAAGUUCGCAAAGACACCACGACUAGGUAGAGGCGCAACACCCGACUCCUGUCGCAUCUACGGCAGCCUCGAACUCAACAAAGUCCAAGGCGAUUUCCACAUCACCGCUCGCGGCCACGGAUACAUGGAGUUUGGCCAACACCUCGACCACAACGCCUUCAACUUCUCACACCAGAUCAACGAGUUGAGUUUUGGUCCUUUUUAUCCUGGUCUGGAUAACCCUCUGGACAACACGCGCACCACUACCGAUCAGCACUUUGAAAAGUUCCAGUAUUAUCUGAGUGUUGUGCCGACCGUGUAUACUGAUAACCCUUCUGCUCUGCAAAAGUACGCUGAUGCUGCUGUUCCUUUGUCUUCGGGCGAUGACUCGGUUCCUCAACCUCGUUUGCCUCGCAACACUAUUUUCACAAACCAAUACGCCGUCACAGAACAAUCGCAUAUCGUCUCUGAGCGUCAGGUCCCUGGUAUCUUUGUCAAGUUUGACAUUGAGCCUUUGAUGUUGACCAUCGCUGAAGAGUGGGGCGGUCUCUUGAACUUGUUGGUCAGACUUGUUAACGUUGUCAGUGGUGUGUUGGUUGCUGGUGGCUGGGUCUUCCAGAUUCAAGAAUGGGCCAAUGAGGUUGCUGGACGUAGGAGGCAAAGAAGACAAGAUGGAAUGGGAGGUGUACUCACAGGAAGAAAGAGCAUGGACGAGAAGCACUAG